AUGUCGGACGAUGAAUAUGGAGAUAUUGAUGCAGCUGUUUGGGACGAGGCCGAAGCAUUAACGCAAGCAUCACAAACACUGCCAUCGAAUUUCCCCCAUCGUAGAAAACGAAGGCGAAUUGGCUCCGAAGAGCUCGACGAUGGUUUUUUAAGUGGGCGACGACGCGGAUCGCAUGGCUUUUCACGUAGCGAUAAUGAUGAAGCAGACGAAAAAAAGUCCAAAUAUAGGAUACAUCUCGGUGCUGAGGAAGUACCAGCGGCUGUCAUAAUGGGCGCCACACAAGCAGAUGAAAUGCCAGACUCAAGCCCUUACAGAAUCAGAGGGCCUAUAUACAAAAGGCCUAGGCGCUCUCCUCCAAUGGAGCUAGAGCAAAAGUCUUCGCCAGCACAGCCUUCUAUGGUUGAAUCUGCCAAAACUCAGAAGCAGAACAUUGUUCACUCACCCCAACCUACCGCGCAAUACGAUUUCUCUAGAGAGCUUGAGGACCUGCCCUCUGAUGCUUUUUCACCAAGCCCGCCACAACUUCGCAUGUCAAGUAUCCCAAUCACGAUAAGCUCAUCGCCGCCAUUGGAGUCAACACAAUCAGUUCGUUCUCAGCGGUUAGCUGCACCACAAAAUGGCCUUCGCCAAACUACACUCUUUGGUGGGCGUGCUCCGAACCAGGUACCGUCGUCCACUCAGGCCAAAAAGGUGCAUAAAUAUUUGGUAGAUAAGGUGCCAGAGCCUCCAACACAUCAUACUCUGGACGAAGAGGCUAUCAAAACAUGGAUUUACCCAAAUAAUCUUGGUGCAGAACGGAGGUAUCAGUACACUAUUGUACACAAAGGUCUCUUUAACAACCUACUGGUAGCUCUGCCAACAGGUCUCGGGAAGACCUUUAUCGCCGCAACCAUCAUGCUCAACUUUUUUCGGUGGACGACGGAUUCACAAAUAGUCUUCAUGGCGCCUACAAAACCUCUAGUGUCUCAGCAAGUCAAAGCUUGCUUCGAGAUUGCGGGUAUACCGAGAUCAUCAACAACUAUGCUCACAGGAGAUCAGUCACCCGCUCUAAGAGCCGAAGAAUGGGCUGAAAAGAGAGUAUUCUUCAUGACACCGCAGACAGUCGAGAAUGAUCUAAAGACUGGUAUAGCCGAUCCCAAGAAGAUUGCGCUAAUAGUUGUUGACGAAGCACAUCGAGCAACUGGCAAUUACGCUUAUACCAAAGUUGUGCAGUUUUUACGGAGAUUCAACGAGAGUUUUCGUGUACUUGCUCUAACGGCCACCCCUGGAUCAAGCGUAGAAGCAGUCCAGGAGGUAAUUGAUAAUUUAGAGAUUGCAGAGGUCGAAAUUCGAACGGAAGACUCCAUAGACAUCAAGGAGUACGUACACCGACGAGACAUAACUGAGAUCCUCAUAGACCCUUCCGAUGAAAUAAUCAUGAUAAGAGAACUAUUUAGCAAGGCACUUCAACCACUUGUCAAUCUACUAUGCUCGCAAAAAGCCUAUUAUAAUAAAGAUCCUAUGGGACUGACUCAAUAUGGCAUGCUCACAGCUAGAAAGGCGUGGAUGGCAUCUGGUGCAGGUAAGUCUGCACAAAUGAGUAUCAAAGGGAUGAUGAAUGCUUUAUUUACGGUGUUGACGAGUAUGGGUCAUGCAAUAAAACUCCUCAAUUUCCAUGGGAUUGGGCCAUUCUUCUCGAACAUUAAGGACUUCCGAGCGGAGGUCGAGGGAAAUAAGAAAGGCGGGAAAUACAAAAAUCAAAUCGUCAAUUCCCCCGAGUUCAAGAAAAUGAUGGAGAGGAUUCAAGGCUGGAUUAAUAAAGAAGACUUCAUUGGCCACCCGAAGCUCACUUACUUGUGCGAUACGGUAUUAAAUCAUUUCCUUGAUGCCGGCGCGGGGUUGAUGGGUGACAAUAUGCCACCUUCAAGCACUCGAGUAAUUGUCUUCACCGAAUAUCGAGAUAGCGCAGAAGAUAUAGCACGUGUACUCAACAAACAUGGCCCCAUGAUUAGAGCAUCUGUCUUUGUAGGCCAAAGUGACUCGAAGCGGUCAGAAGGCAUGAAUCAGGAAAAGCAGCUGGAGACCAUUCGUAAAUUCAAAGCUGGAGGCAUAAAUGUUAUAGUUGCAACCAGUAUCGGUGAAGAGGGUUUGGACAUUGGAGAAGUCGAUCUAAUCGUCUGUUAUGACUCUUCAUCGUCCCCGAUUAGGAUGCUACAACGAAUGGGUCGUACAGGGAGAAAGAGGGCUGGUAAGAUCGUUCUUCUCCUCAUGCGCGGAAAGGAGGAAGAUUCAUAUAAGAAAUCUAAGGACAAUUAUGAGCAGAUACAGAGGAUGAUUAGUUCUGGGUCUCGCUUCACUUUCCGCCACGAUUUAUCUGCUCGCAUUAUUCCGAGAAAGGUCAAGCCUGAGGUGGACAAACGUUUUAUUGAAAUUCCUCUGGAGAAUACUCAAGAUCCAUCUUUACCAGAGCCUAAACGACGUGCUAAACCUAGGAAGAAACUAGCUAAAAAAUUUCACAUGCCUGAUGGUGUUGAAACAGGUUUUCGCAAAGCCUCGAAGCUUAAUAGUAAUGCCGAAAGCCCUUUAACGAAAUUUGGUAUCAAGCGAAAACCCAGUGAGUUGAAUGAUGAUGAGCUGGCGCCAGUACCAUUGCUCGACUCUGUGUUACUAAAUGCGAAGGAUGAAGCAGAGCAUAGUCGUCGUUUUCUGAAAGUACCGGAUGGUGCUUUGGAAGAAGUCGGGAUGCCUGACCUGACAGCUCAACCAAUCACACAACGAACUCUAACUCGGACAGCUAAGGUAUCACAUGGAAAAUACACCAGAAGUUGUGUCAGUCUGUUCAACAAGCUUUCGAGACUUCAAAGACCGGAGGAUCGCGAUAACAAGCCAUACGGAGAUGAACCGCCGUCUGACUUCGGUAGUAUACCUACUAUGCCAUUAGAAGCGGAAGUACGUGCUAGAGCUCCUAAAGCCCCAAAAGCUUCAGAUCCCGCACAAGUUGUCAAAGCUUCUAGAGUCGCCAAAACGACUUCCGCUCUCAAGAAAGCGCCUGCAAGUAAAAGGGUUGCACCCAAAAAGGCUAAACCACGUCGUGGUCGCGCUCUUCGGAAUGAUAACUCUGACUCAGAGGAUAGCACCGCAUCCAUGGCUAUGGUAUCCAAUCUCCGCUCUUCUCAAAUUCCACAACCAACACCAGAUUCCGAUGAAGAAGGACCAGGUGAAAGAGUCGAUAGGACAAGUGACAUGGAAGAAUUAGAAGCGGAUGACGAUUCGGACUUAGGAAGUUUAGUCGACUUCAUCGAUCCCACGCAAACGCAAACUCAAAUACCAUUAACAGGGACAUCCAAUUUUUCUUCAAGCCCGCCGCUGAUGGAAACGUGGGAGGAUGAGAGAAUAAAUGGAAAUGCUGUGGGUGGUAGAAGGGGAAUGCUGCCAAGAGCCGUGGAAAUGACUGGAGCUAAGAAUUCCUCCUUCAAGAACGGUACGAUGACUCAAGAGAGUAGUGAUGGUGGUGAUAGUAUGGAUAGUGACUUUCCUACUAUUGAAGAUCUCGUCAGAAGUGAUACUACUACUACAACCACGAGAAAAAUCGCAGAUCCACCAUCUAGCAGCGUAUUCAGCAGCGGGCAAAAAGCAACACCAAAUAUGUUUACGAGGAAGAGGGAUGGUGAUGUAAGAGGGAGGGGAUUGAAGCGGAGAGUUGUCGAAAGUGAUGAUAGUGAUGAAUGA